AUGACCAAUAUGACUUUCACAAAGACGAUUGGGACACCCGUCUAUAUGUCACCUGAGGUCUUAUCACAAGAAAAUUACCAGCAACCCGCAGAUAUAUAUUCCUUUGCCAUCACAAUGUAUGAAACAGUGACUUGGGAGAAGUCUUACCCACAAAAGGAAUUUCCAUUCCCUUGGGUUAUUGCUCAAUUCGUGACAUCAGGAAAAAGACUGCCACAUGUAAGUAAAAUACCACAAACGUAUUUUGAAGUGAUACAAAUGGGGUGGGAACAAGACAAACACACGAGAAUACAAAUUGAGAAGUUAGUGAGUCUUAUGGAACAUUUGUAA